GGAAAGCAACUAGACUAAUUACAUGCCUUUAAAAGAGGCGGACAGAAGGAGGCAGUAAUGCAACUUUAAGGAUGCAAACUGCCCUAAAACCUCGUCGAAGAAGCAGCAGCAGCAGCAGCCAGCUGUUGCUCGUUCAGAGCAGAGAUGUCGGCGUUGCUUUGCUUCGUGGCAGGAGCGUUUUUCCUGUACGUGAUAGUGUACUACAGUGUGUUCAGAGGAGCGAGCUGCUCGAGCUCUGUAACUCUGAAGGGGAAGACGGUCAUCGUUACAGGAAGCAAUACCGGCAUUGGCAAGGCCACAGCUCUACUUCUGGCAAAGAGAGGAGCCAGGCUGAUCCUGGCCUGCCGCAACAAGGAGAAAGCUGAGGCUGCUGCUUUUGACAUCCGCAGAGAGAGCGGGAACAAUCAGGUGGUGGUCAUGCAGUUGGAUCUGGCGAGUUUCAAGUCUGUUCACAGCUUUGCUGAAACCUUCCUGAAGACUGAGCCUAGACUGGACAUCCUCAUCAACAAUGCAGGUCUUAUGGGUCCAGGACAUACUGAGGAUGGUUUCGGCAUGGUGUUUGGGGUAAACCACCUGGGCCACUUCCUGCUUACCAACCUUCUCCUGGAGCGACUGCAGCAGUGCGGUCCCAGUAGAGUGGUCACUGUGGCUGCACUUCUGCACCGAUUUGGCAACAUCGAUUUCUCUCUGCUGGCUUCCAAGAAGGAUCUAGUGUCUGGUCAGUCUGCCUGGCACAACUUUCAAGCCUACUGCAACAGCAAGCUGUGUAAUGUGCUCUUCACCAGGGAGCUGGCCAACAGGCUGGAGGGCACCAGCGUCACCUGCUACUGCCUCCACCCAGGAGUCAUCUACACAGAACUGUGUCGCAGUGUGAGCUUGUGGCAGCAGCUCCUCAUGAUGCCCUUUGCCAAGCUCUUCUUCCUAGACCCUGAGGGGGGGUCCCAGACUACCCUGUACUGUGCCCUGCAAGAGGGCAUCGAGCCUUUUAGCGGACGCUACUUCUCUAACUGUGCACUGCAAGAAGUGGGAGCCAAGGGACGAGAUGAUGCCCUGGCAAGGAAGCUGUGGGAAGUGAGUGAGAGGUUAACCAGUUUCCCAUGAGAGACUGAAUCUCAAUCCAGAAGCUCCAACCUCAAGAGACCUCCAGUGUUGAUGUCUUAUUGGUUGUCUAGAUGUAUGAUGCAGUGGGUCUUUUGAAUAAUGACAGAGCAUAAAGCAGUGCAAUGUUUUACUAUUUCUAAUCUGCAUAACCUUUUACUUGCUGCUGUUCAUCAAAUAGCAGGUUUCCAGAAAGAUAUCUUGAUCAUUAUUAUUAUUAUUAGUUUAAAUCACUUUUUUUUUUUUUUUUUUACUACAUUGCAUCUGUAUCUGGACAUUUGUAUCAUUAUUGACAUGUUUGAUAUACCUUAUUAGUUGGUGGUCUUUCAUUGUGAGUAGCCAAACAAGGUGAAAUGUUACUCUGGCCAGUAUAAAGAAGAAAACUGCUUUGGAUAAAUUCUCAAUCAGACCAGAAUGUGGCACAUCAGAUUUCAUCUCUGGUGAGAUGGUGCUUGCAGCUUGAUGACAGUGGCUACCUGCUCUCUUCGGACUGGACAAUACGUUCAAGGGAAUGCACUAUUUUUGUGCCAACCACUUGUGCCUCAAAACAUUCUGCAAACCAGUAGUAGCGGAGCAGUUUACCAACAAGUGAAUACUUAUAAGACUAGAUGCAACACAGCUAAUAUGAUAGCUGAUGGCUCUAGUUUUGGCUCUCGGGAUCUGUGUUCCUUCAAAGUAAGCCUGCUGAAACAGUUUGAAACAUACUAAUUCACAUCUACACAACAUCAACGCAGAUUUUUCAUCUGCAAUAGUUAAAACUGGGCCCUGAAUGAGUUAGUAAUUAAAUGCUGACAAUGGUGGGAUUUGUGAAAAUGAAAUCUGGUGCGGUAUCUAUCUGUAUCAAGUAUUUUAAAAGUCAAGACCACAUUUUCUCUGUUUUUUGAUUUCCUGUGGUUGGAGACGCUCUGCACACUGUGCUGUGGGGAAAGGUUGAUGUUUGUUCACUCCUGAGUCAGUACAAACUGAGUUAUGAUGGAACAGGGAACAAAUUACAGUGCAGCUUAUACUGCCCUAUGAUCCGCUCCAUUACUUCGUCUUUCUGUCUAUUUGAACAUGUUCGGCAACUUUCCACAACAAGAUGAGGACAGAUGUGCUUGUACCAGAUUUUGUCUAUACUUAUCAUCAGUCCCGUUGGCUGUCAUUCAAAAAUGUCCUAGCGAAAUAUCAGAUCACUCAAAUGUAACCCAAUCAGAAUGACUUAGAAAACUAUAUGGGAAAACUAUUACUAUUAAUUGCAACAUUUGAAUAAAAGACUUAAUGCAAAGUUG